UUGCUCCCUCCAUCACUUUCAGAAAACAACUUUCCACACUUGGAUUGCAUCGUGAUCUCAAUUCUCAACCAGAGGUGGAUAACUAUGACGGAGGAGAAAGGUGAAGGUGCGCCGAAGCUUUACACGCGAAUGCGGCUAUGGGAGUUUCCGGAUCAGUAUGUGAUCGAGCCUACUGAUGGAUCCAACGGCUCGUCUUUGGCUGUUAGUCGUGUCGAUGGCUCCAUGAGCCUCAUUGAGAAGCUUCCAGAAUCCAGCUCUGUUCGUGUUCCGAAAAUCAGGACUAUUUUCGGUGUGGCUGGGGUGCUCAAGCUCGUAGCAGGGUCAUAUUUGAUGGUUAUAACGGAGCGGGAAACUGUUGGUACAUACUUGGGGCAUCCUAUCUAUAAAGUUUCUUCGUUUAAGGUUUUUCCGUGUGAUCAUUCCUUAAGGAACUCCCCUGCAGAUCAGAAAAAGAUGGAGACCGAGUUUUCUGUGCUGCUAAACAUAGCAGAGAGGACUCCUGGUCUGUACUUCUCGUACGAGGCCAACUUAACACUGAGUUCGCAACGAUUGAAUGAUUUAGGCGGCGAAUCUAAAGUGCUUCCUCUUUGGAGACAGGCAGAGCCUAGAUUUCUUUGGAACAAUUAUAUGUUGGAGAACCUCAUUGAUAACAAGCUUGAUCCAUACCUACUUCCUAUUGUUCAAGGCAGUUAUCAUCAUUUUCAAGCAGCCAUUGGAAAAGAUAUUAUCGAUGUUACUCUGAUUGCUAGGAGAUGCACUAGGCGAAAUGGUACUCGGAUGUGGAGAAGAGGGGCUGAUUCUGAUGGCUAUGUAGCAAAUUUUGUUGAAACAGAGCAGAUUAUGCACUUGAAUGGGUUUACUGCAUCAUUUGUCCAGGUUAGGGGGUCAAUUCCAUUACUUUGGGAUCAAAUUGUUGAUUUGACAUAUAAGCCUAAGUUUGAAAUUGUGCGACUUGAGGAAGCGCCGCGAGUGGCAGAGAGGCAUUUUCUGGAUUUAAGAAAAAAGUAUGGGGCAGUGUUAGCUGUUGAUCUUGUCAACACGCAUGGAGGUGAAGGACGUUUGAGUGAAAAAUUUGCAAAUGCAAUGCAGCAUAUCGUGAGUGAUGAUCUAAGAUAUUGGCACUUCGAUUUUCAUCAUAUAUGUGGACAUGUCCAUUUUGAGCGCCUCUCUAUCCUUUAUGAACAAAUAGUAGAUUUUCUUGACAGAAACGGGUAUCUUCUAUUGAAUGAAAAGGGUGAGAAAAUGAAGGAGCAAUUAGGAGUUGUAAGGACCAAUUGCAUUGAUUGCUUAGAUCGUACAAAUGUUACCCAGAGUAUGAUAGGCCGAAAUAUGUUGGAAUGCCAACUUAGGAGGCUUGGCAUUUUUGCUGCUGAGGAAACUAUUAGCUCACACCCCAAUUUAGAUGAAUGCUUUAAAAUUUUGUGGGCUGAUCAUGGGGAUGAUGUAAGCAUGCAAUAUUCUGGCACUCCUGCUUUGAAAGGGGAUUUUGUAAGAUGUGGCCAGCGGACAAUGCAAGGUCUGGUUAAGGAUGGAAUCAAUUCCCUUCUACGCUAUUACUACAAUAACUUCUGUGAUGGAACUAAACAGGAUGCAAUUGACCUCCUGCAAGGACAUUACAUUGUCUCAGUCAGCAAAGAUAUGACAGUACCAUCUCAAAAGAAAGGACUUGAGGCUGUUGCUUCAUUUCCUCUGGCUUUGUCAUUCGUUUUGACUGGGUUCUUUUUUGCAACUUUGUCAUUGAGGCAAGUUAGGUACGAUCUACGGCACUUGUUCUUUUCAUUUCUGUGGGCUGGUCUAAGUGUGGCUAUAGCUGCAUUUGUGAGGGCCAAUGGGCGGAUUUUCUGCAACAGACCUCGUCUGCACAAGCCUCGGUCUUGAUUUGGGGAUCAGAAUGCUGUAGCCAAUGCAUUGACCUGUGAAGUUUCCCUGGUUGCUUCAUAGUAUUUGAUUCUUUGAUUAGUAGUGUCCACGUAGUGUUGAAUUCUUAAUCAGGUAUACGUGAAGUUAACACCCCAUCUAAUCUUACCAUUACACUUUCUGUAAAUGCUUGCACCUUGUUCAAGCUUUUUGAGUGGAAUUAUGACCGUGGACGUGGUUUGUACGCUGUAACUUGAAAUUUUUGUAUUUACUUAUGUGAUCAGAUUGAUUCAAAGUAAGAGAUUAACUAUUGUUUUCUUUC